AUGGCUGUUCUCUUCUUGCGCCCUUUCUCUCUCACGCCUGACGAGGGUGAAAAGCGACGGAAGCCGACUUGUCCUGGCGCUCUGGCCGAUCCAGGGCGCUGGAUCGGUUACUUUCAUCCACAUGGCUGCCAACCAUUGCGUUUUCGCGUCGUCUUGACGCCUAUCUCCCGUCCAGAUUGCCGCCUCUCUGCAGACAGACGACCUGCAUACGCACAGCAAGUACUUCUGCCUGGUCAGAGCAUCUAA